CACUGCAAAGGGGUGUUUGCUACUUGGUGAACAAGCGAAUAAUUCUGACUCUCUACCGGCGAUGGCUAAAGAACAAAAGAUAAGUUCUAACAAAUCUACGCCAGAACCAACGUUAAGUAAAGUGUUAGGACAGUCAUCCGCGUCCAGUUUAAUUUCGGAGUCCGUCACAGAGCCUGACGAGGAACAAGACUCCUCGAGCUCUGCUGUGUGUUCCUCCUCUGCAGUGUAUCGACACACGAACGAGCAUCGACCAAAUAAUGAACAUGAUCAGUGCCGUAAAGUUCCCAUUCUUCACCAUAUAAUCGUGGAAAGAUAUGAGGGUGAUAAGUCUGGAGAAAUGUUUCAUGGAGAAGGUGUCGCAUAUUUUCAAGGUGGCCACGUUUACAAGGGUAGUUUUUCACAUGGGUUGAUGCAUGGUUCUGGUGAAUAUAUCUGGUCAGACGGUUUAAAGUAUCAGGGUAAUUUCAAAUUAAAUGUUCCCAUGGGACAUGGGACUUACACCUGGCUAGAUGGCAGCACUUAUGAGGGGGAGUUACACCAAGGUGUCCGUCAUGGUGUCGGAGUGUUCAAAUGUUUCAAAACCUCUACUGUGUACAGAGGUCAGUGGCAUAUGGGCAAAAGACAAGGGCAGGGGGUAAUGUAUUAUAACCAAGCAUCCACAUCAUGGUACAAAGGAGAAUGGGUGAACAACUGCAGGGAGGGCUGGGGGAAGCGGUGUUACCCAUCUGGCAAUGUGUAUGAAGGACAAUGGAGGAACAAUGUCCGACAUGGAGAAGGAACAAUGAGAUGGGUUCAGUUGGAUCAGCAAUACAGUGGACAGUGGUUAAAUAGCAUCCAGGAUGGAAAAGGAACGCACACAUGGUUCUGUAAAAGAGUCCCAUUCUCUCAGUACCCUCGAAUGAACGAGUACACGGGUGAAUUCGUUCAAGGGAUGCGUCAUGGUCAAGGGCAGUUCUUAUAUGCCAGUGGGGCUGUGUAUAUUGGAGAGUGGAAACAUGACAGAAAACAUGGACAGGGGAAAUACACUUUUGAAAAUGGACGGGUAUAUGAAGGGGAGUUCAAUAACGACUGCAUUACUGAAUUUCCUGCCUUCACUCCUGGCCUGAGUGGGAUUACGACUCCUUUUCCAGACGAGAAUGAUUCAUCCAAAAGAUCUUCACAGUCAAGCACAAACUCACCACUCGGAUCUGACAUGGUUUUGAACAUCCAUACUCUGUUAGACAGAGUCCCUGAGGACCACAGAGAUCAAGAACUCAAACAGGUGGAGUUUGCAGUGCUGAGACACAUUGGUUUGUUAAGGGAGAUAUAUAGCUUCUACAGCAGCCUUGGACAUGAGAAAUCUCCAGACAAAAUAUUCCCCCUGACCCACCUGCAGUUCUCUCGAUUUCUCAUGGACUGUAAAGUUCACCAGCAUGGACUCACACAAGCGCAAAUAGAUCAUCUCUUCACUGAUCAGUUUCAUUCUCCUUUCACUGCCAUUCUACCGAGAGAGUGCAUCAGCUAUAUUAUCAUUGUUGCAUAUCAUAUUUGCCACGACGAUAUUGAGUCCUCUAAUAACAUACUCGCGGCAUGUUUUUCAAAGCUCAUGAGACAAUACAUCAUUCCCAAUGCAAAGAAUGUGAAAGGUUCUCUGUUCUGCCACCCUGUCCAUGCUUCAGUUGCAUAUCACUACUCAGACAGAUGCUGGGAAAUUUACCAGGCCCUGUGUAAAGCAAAUUCUGUCCAGACUGCCCAAAGCUUGACUGCAAGGCAAUUUGUCUGGUUGCUUAAGGACCUCUGUCUAUAUGACAGCGAGCUAACCGUGUCCAAAGUGUUAGAGAUCCUCUCUGUGGACAGUCCUGCAAUUCAGAAUGGAAUCUACAGCAACCUGGACCUGGAGAUGAGUUUUCUGGAGUUCUUUGAGGCAUUGUUGCGCUGUGCUGAGGUGAAAGGCCAGAGAAUCCAAACUGAUGUGGAGAGUCAGACUGACACAAGUCUUUGGGAAGACACCACGCAGAAUAUUACAGAGCCGAGUUCACUUCAGUCAUCCCUAUCUGACGAGAUGGAGCAAAGACCAAGUCCCGGGCUUGAUUUUAAAGAGAAGGACUGGAUGCAGAAAAUACAGCAGUUUUUCACUCAGACCUUCUUCCCUGCAUAUGAGCACAGCGUGAAGCUGAAGGAGGAGAGACUCGAGCUGAGAGAAAAGAACAGAAAUACUCUUGCAGAUGCUGACAAAGCAAGACAUACAGAACAGCUGGAGGCUGAGGAGAGACAAGACGAAGAUAAACACAGAGGUUCCAAACAUUGAUGUUUCCAAAAACAUCCAGAACAUUC